GUUCCAUGUCCUGCGCUGUGACCUGCGGCCGGGAGCUGCGAGGAGAGCGGGGCGAGCUCGGAAUCGGCCAUGGAUGCAGUGACGUAUAAUGAUGUGCAUGUCGACUUCACUCAGGAGGAGUGGGCAUUGCUGGAUCCUUCACAGAAGAAUCUCUACAACAAUGUGAUGCUGGAGACCUAUAUGAACCUCAGUGCUAUAGGCUACACUUGGGAAGAUCAUAAAGUUGAAGAACAUUGUCAAAGUUCUCAAAGACAUGGAAGGCAUGAAAGAAGUUAUACAGGAGACCAAUCUUCUGAAUGGACUCUAUGUGUUAAUGCAUUUGCAUAUCAGAGUCAUUUUCAAAGGCCUGAAAGAAUUCAUACUGGAAAGAAACUCUAUGAAGGUAUUCAUUAUAGUGAAGACUUUGCAUGUCAUAGUAGUCUCCAAAUACAUCAAGGAAUGCAUACUAGAGGGAAACCAUAUGAAUGUAAGCAAUGUGGUAAAGCCUUUGCUCGUCCCAGUCAUCUUCAAAUGCAUGAAAGAACACAUACUGGAGAGAAACCCUAUGAAUGUAAUCAGUGUGGUAAAGCCUUUGCACAACAUAGUCAUCUUCGAAUGCAUGAAAGAAUACAUACUGGAGAGAAGCCCUAUGAAUGUGAUCAGUGUGGUAAAGCCUUUGCUUGUCACAGUUCUCUUCAAUUGCAUAAAAGAGGACAUACUGGUGAGAAACCCUAUGAAUGUAAUCACUGUGGUAAAGCCUUUCCUCGUCUUGGUGAUCUUAAAUUGCAUAAGAGAAUACAUACUGGAGAGAGACCCUAUGAAUGUAAUCAAUGUGGUAAAGCCUUUGUGCAAUACAGUCAUCUUCGAAUGCAUGAAAGAACACAUACUGGAGAGAAACCUUAUGAAUGUCAUCAAUGUGGUAAAGCCUUUCCCCGUUAUAGUCAUCUUCAAAGACAUGAAAGAAUGCAUACUGGAGAGAAGCCCUAUGAAUGUAAUCAAUGUGGUAAAGCCUUUGUUUGUCUUGGUGAUCUUCAAUUGCAUAAAAGAACACAUACUGGAGAAAAACCCUAUAAAUGUAAUCAAUGUGGUAAAGCCUUUGCACAACACAGUCAUCUUCAAAGGCAUAAAAGAAUACAUACUGGAGAGAAACCCUAUGUAUGUAAUCAGUGUUGUAAAGCCUUUUCAUGUCAUAGUGAUCUUCAAAGACAUGUAAGAACACAUACUGGAGAGAAGCCCUAUGAAUGUAAUCAAUGUGGUAAAGCCUUUCCUCGUCUUAGUAAUCUUCAAUUGCAUAAAAUAACACAUACUGGAGAGAAACCCUAUGCAUGUAAUCAAUGUGGUAAAACCUUUGCCCAUCACAGUUAUCGUCAAAAACAUGAAAGAAGACAUUCUGGAGAGAAACCCUAUGAAUGCAAUCAGUGUGGUAAAGCCUUUGCCCAUCACAACCAUCUUCAAAGACAUGGAAGAAUGCAUACUGGAGAGAAGCCCUAUGAAUGUAAUCAAUGUGGUAAUGUCUUUGCUUGUCUUGGUGAUCUUCAAUUGCAUAAAAGAACACAUACUGGAGAGAAACCCUAUGAAUGCAAUCAGUGUGGUAAAGCCUUUGUCUGUCACAGUCAACUUCAAAGACAUGGAAGAAUGCAUACUGGAGAGGAAGGCUAUGAAUGUAAUCAAUGUGGUAGAGCCUUUGCCCGUCAUAGUGAUCUACAAAGACAUGAAAGAAUACAUAGUGGAGAGAAACCCUAUGAAUGUAAUCAGUGUAGUAAAGCCUUUGUCCAUCAUAGUGAUCUUCAAAGACAUGAAAGAACACAUACUGGAGAGAAGCCCUAUGAAUGUAAUCAAUGUGGUAAAGCCUUUCCUCGCCUUAGUAGCCUUCAAUUGCAUAGAAGAACACAUACUGGAGAGAAACCAUAUGGAUGUAAUCAGUGUGGUAAAGCUUAUUCACAACACAGUCAUCUGAAAAUACAUAAAAAAACACAUGCUGGAGAGGAACCCUAUAAGAGUAAUACUAUUAGUGUGGAAUUGGUUUGUUAAAGCCUGUGAAUAUAACAGACUUUGAGGAUCUGAAAAACUACAUACCAAAGAAAAUCUGAUAAUAAAGGAUUUGGCAAGAUCUUCAGCCAGCACAUUUACAUUCAAUUACACAAGAUUAUUCUUGAGAAAAAAAUCUCACAGGUGUCAGCAAUCUGUUCAAGCAUUAUAGUGUCCCUCUGUAUUUGGUUUUUAGAUUUCAUACUUCUCUUCAAUUACAUAAGAUAAUAAAUCCAGGUAUAAUAGUGCCUUUUCUAUUGCUGUGAUAUAAUAUAAUGUCAAUGUGAACUUAUGAAAGUGUUUAAUUUAAUUUGGCUCGUGGUUCCAGAGCAAUACAGAAUCACCAUGAAAGUGGCAUUGAAACAAGUGUCAGACAUAGCAGCUAAAGUAGGAAGCUAAGAAUUCACAUCCUUAAUCUGCAGCAUAAAGCAUAAAGUGUAAAUGGGAAAUGGUAGGCAGAUAUAAACUCAGGACAACCCCCAGUGACAUAUUUCUUCCAGCAUGACAGCAUUUCCUAAAUCUUCCCAGAUGAUAACACAGUCUAAGAAUAAUUGAUUUUUCUGACUUUAGGUCUACAUGCUUGUUUUCUGUUACACAAAACAAUUAGUGAUGGAGAAAAACUCUGUAAGCCUUCAGAUGCCUCAAUACCUAUGAUACAGGAAUUACAAGAGAUAAACAUUCAUGAGUGAAUAUUAAUUUAAAUAUUUGUUUUAAUUUCAGUUAUGCAAUGUCAGUAUCUUUGUGUGGGUAGAUACAUGUGCAUUCUGGUUCUCAAAAAGAUUAGACCCUUGGAGCUUUUCAUAGCAGGAAUUACUGGAAGUUGUCAAAAACCUGACCUAAGUCCUCGGAAUGGACUUGUAUUAAGGACUUGGCCAUGUCUCUAGCCCUGUAAAUAUUCUAAAGCUUUUUUAUAUCAUCUUGAUAUCAGAAAACAGGAAGGAACUCAUACAAAAGAAAAACUCUGUGUACAUAAAUAAUUUGGUAAAAACUUUAGACAUCACAAUUGUCUUCAGGUUCAAGAAAAGAAACUUUUUCAUCACAGCCUUGACAUAGGUAAAUUAUUAACAAAUUUCACUAAAGACAUUGUGGCUUCUAUUUUGCACCAUUUGAGGUAGAUAUUCUAUUGUACUCUUUGUGUAGCAGAUUCAUUCAUUGAAGUUUAUUUUGUGUUCCUUAUAUUCCUUCUGUGGCUUUUGUUCAUCUUCUAUUGUGCUUUCAAUUAGUGAGAGAUAUUUUUCUGCUACAGUGUAUAAAAUGGGAUGGCCAUCAUCUAAGUGGUACAUCUUUAUUUAAAUAUUAGGCAGUAUGUGAUCAUAUUUUCCAGCAAGUAUGUCUGUGAAACGGUGAUGGGUUUCUAUUCCUGGUUUUAUUUUUUCAUAUUUUUUUCACAAAUUCCCUUGAAAUGUUUUUUGUUAUCCAGCCCCACUUGGAUGGUAGUAAUUAGUCAAACAUCAAAUUGAAGUCAUGAUCCUCAUGUGUGAAUCUCCAGAGUACAAGUGUAAGGGUAGAUAAUGUACUCCCAAUGUUUGCUGUUUUGUCCACACGUAUUCAGAAUGUUAAUGUUAAAAUGAUUAAAAAUAGAUGAGAAUAUAAGAAACAUUGAAUUUCUCAUGUAUAUCCAAAGUAACAUUUUCAUCUAUGUGGAAGUGAUGUAAUAAAGUAGGAUAAUCAGCAAUCAACUGUAUAUUUCACAAUAUAACUUGAUGUACUAUGGAUAUGUAUAUUUUAUUUGAAGUUCCAUACAUCUUCAUGUCCUCAUAGUUAUCCAUUUGGCAUAAUAUAUUGAAGCAUUGCCUUCUAAGGAAAUUAUCCAGAGAUGCCAGGUAAUGUAAUGGCAAUGGGAUUUAUUUUUUUAAAAAAUUCUGUUGUAUAUAUGGGAUGUUUUAGGCCAUGACAGAUGUGUGGAGAAAAGAAGACAACUUUAUGGUUUUGUUCAACUUCAUAUGGCGAUCAAGAUGAGAUUACAGCCUUGUACACGGCAGACAUUUCCAGCAGAGCUGUCUCAUUGAUGCUCAAAUAAGAUUAGUUGAAACAUUACAUCAGUAAAAUAUUGUCUUUUUGGAUUGUGGAAAUAUUUUCAUUGAAGCAUAAUGAAAAACAGGAGAAAUUGAAUAAUAAAUCCUAUAUCCAAAUGAA